GUCAUCCCUUUAAAUGGAUCCGUCCAAAUUACCCUAAUGGCGACAUCCACAGUGUACUGCAGAGCCGGUCACUUUCUCACAAAAAGUCGAUUGUUAUCUCUUAGAUUACACAGAACCAUGUCAAGUUUAUUGAUAGAAGAUCCAAAGUAUUCGUGGCUUAAAGAUUUAGGACUGUCAGCUCAAAACAAUGGCGUGUUUUAUGGAAAAUGGGGAGGAUCAGGCGAGAUUGCCACAUCUUAUUGCCCUACAAACAAAAAGCCAAUAGCUACAGUUGUACAGGGCAGUCCAGCUGACUAUGAGAAAGCCAUUGCAGCAACAAAGGAAGCAUGGGAAGUCUGGGCAGAGGUGCCAGCUCCACAAAGAGGAGAAAUUGUUAGACAAAUGGGCGAGGCAUUGAGAGAAAAGAAGACCAUCUUAGGAAAAUUGGAGUCUUUAGAAAUGGGUAAAAUUUUAGCUGAGGGGGAGGGAGAAGUACAAGAGUAUAUUGAUAUCGCUGACUAUGCUGUAGGACUGUCCAGAAUGUUUUCAGGAAAUGUCUUUCCAUCAGAGCGACCUGGACAUAUGCUGAUAGAACAAUGGAAUCCACUAGGAGUUGUGGGUAUUAUAACAGCUUUUAACUUCCCUGUAGCAGUGUAUGGAUGGAAUUCAUCGAUAUCAUUGAUCUGUGGAAAUUGUUGUUUAUGGAAAGGAGCACCCACAACCCCACUUGUCAGUGUUGCAAUUACAAAAAUUUUAGAAGCUGUCUUGAAAGCAAACAAUCUUCCAGGUGCCAUUUGUUCAUUGGUUCAAGGAGGUGCUGAUAUUGGAAUGUUGAUGGCCAAAGAUGAAAGGAUCAAUCUUCUAUCAUUUACUGGCAGUACACCUGUUGGACAUAAAGUUUCUAUGAUGGUUCAAGAAAGAUUUGGUAAAUUUUUGUUAGAACUUGGAGGAAACAAUGCUUUAAUAGUAAAUGAUGAUGCUGAUAUUGACAUGCUUGUUAGAGCUGCAGUGUUUGCUUGUGCUGGCACAGCUGGACAGCGAUGUACCACAACUAGACGUCUGAUCCUCCACGAGAAAGUCCAUGAUGAGGUUGUCGAGAGACUGAAGAAAGCAUAUGCUCAGAUUAAAAUUGGGGAUCCUUUAGAGCCUGGAACUCUUUAUGGUCCAAUGCAUAGUCAACAAGGUGUAGAUCUGUUUCUCCAGUCAGUAGAGGAAGCUAAAGCGCAAGGUGGAAAGAUUGAAUGUGGAGGCAAGAAAAUUGAAAGAGAGGGACAUUUUGUUGAACCAACAAUAGUAACAGGCCUAGCCCAUGAUGCACCAGUAGUUCUGAAGGAAACAUUUGCUCCAAUUGUGUACGCUCUAAAAUGUAAAAAUGUGGAUGAGGCAAUUAAAUUUAACAACGAAGUGAAACAAGGUUUGACCAGCAGUCUAUUUACAAAAGAUAUCAGUAAUAUAUUCAAAUGGAUUGGUCCUAAAGGUUCAGACUGUGGUAUUGUUAAUGUGAACAUUCCUACCAGUGGAGCAGAAAUAGGAGGGGCAUUCGGUGGAGAAAAACAUACAGGAGGGGGUAGGGAAUCUGGCAGUGAUGCUUGGAAACAGUAUAUGAGAAGGUCUACAUGCACAAUAAACUACAGUAAAGAAUUGCCAUUAGCUCAGGGUAUCAAGUUUGAGUGAAGUUAGCGUAUCCAGAUAUUUGACAACAGAUAUAUAUCGUGUGAAGAACUCUGGAUGAUAUUUUGUUUGUUAUGAAAUUGUUAGACAUGAAAGAAUGGUUGUUUCAGAGAAUGUUUUAAAAUAGUGCUGAUGAUGAAAGGGAAAACAUAUAUAUAUUGUUCAGUUAAUCACAGAGAAUGAAAAAUAUCAGCAUUUGUACUCAUUAUGUUCUCAUCAGGGUUAGAGAUAUGUACUAAACAUAUAUAUUUAUACUAAUCAGUUAAUGAAAUAGGCAUUUGUGAUAUUUUAAAGUUUUGAUAUCUGUAUAUUGUCAUUUGUAUAGCUUUUGAUAAGUUAUCAAAGUUUUUCUGAAAUAUAUUAUUAUAAAAUGCAUAAUAUUUUGAUUAAUCUCCACUGCAGUUGACUGAUUGAUGCUGAAUUUUCAUUUUUUUUCAUGUAUUUUUGCUAAAAAUUUAUACAACAUUAUAAAUGACAACCA